AAACAAUUGAGCUACGCUACCACGCGGUUUCAUUACUUACCACCUCCGUUUUCGAAUCUCUCGUUUUUCUCUCUCGGACGCAAAUAAUGGACGAGGUGAUCACAGCUGCUGAUGCUUCCAUCAAUGGAUCCAAGUCCUCUAUCAUUCCAUACAACCUCCCUCUCCUCUCCGCCUUCCUCUCUUGCGCUCUCGCCCAGUUCCUCAAGCUUUUCACCACCUGGUACAAAGAGAAAAGAUGGGACUCUAGAAGGAUGCUUAGCUCUGGAGGAAUGCCGUCGUCGCAUUCGUCCACUGUGACGGCACUUGCAGUUGCUAUUGGUUUCCAGGACGGAACCGGAGGGUCGACAUUUGCCAUUGCAGUGGUCUUGGCAUGUGUUGUCAUGUAUGAUGCUACUGGUGUAAGACUCCAUGCUGGUCGUCAAGCUGAAUUAUUAAAUCAGAUAGUGUGUGAGCUACCUCCAGAACACCCGGUUUCUAGUGUUAGACCUCUACGGGAUUCACUUGGUCAUACUCCAUUGCAGGUUCUUGCAGGUGCAGCGUUGGGAUGUAUAGUGGCAUACCUUAUGAGUUCGAGUUAGCAGUGGGUAAUUCCAGUGAUUAUUCUUUGAUGUCACAAGUGUAAGUUCAACAGGCUGUAGAGGUCAGUGCAAGCGUACAACAGGGGACUUCCCAAAGUCUGCUUUUCUGUCAAAUAGUGGAAAGGAUUGAGCAAAAAUGUAUGCCAAGUUUGUACUCACAAUUCAACUGUAGAAAAGUAGUGUUCUGAAAGCUUUUUAACAGUUUGAUUAUAUAUAUAAAGAUGCUCUUGAGCUCAAGCAAUACGAGUGCCAUACAUUCUAAGUUUCUAA